GAGAGCCGCGCGCGCACACGCACUCAUGCCCGUGCGGCUUUGAGAAUGGCGAGCAGUGAAAGCGCAGCGGCGAGCAGCGAGUCUGUCCGAAAGGAACACAAUGACAGUUAUGAGAGAAAGUGUAUUUUCUGUAAGAUAGUGAACGGGGAGAUGGACACCGAGCUUCUACACAGCGAUGAAGACAUGUCAUGUUUCAGGGAUAUAAAACCGGGGGCUCCUCAUCAUUAUCUUGUUGUGCCAAAGAAACACGUGGGGAAUUGCAAAUCACUUCGCAAAGAACAUAUUCCACUCGUGGAGAAAUUGGUGGAAACAGGAAAAGCAGUUCUUCAGAAGAACAAUGUCACUGACUUAAGUGAUGUCAGGUUUGGUUUUCACUGGCCUCCAUUUCAUUCUGUUACACAUCUGCACCUCCACGUCUUGGCACCCGCCAGUCAAAUGGGCUUCAUCUCUCGCUUUAUCUACCGCCUAGACUCCUACUGGUUCAUCACAGCUGACCAGUUGCUCCAAAGACUGAACUCGAUGGACUAAUAGACGAAUGACAAGAUCAUCCUGCCUUUACACUGGGAAUGUAAAUGGAUUGACUCAGCGUUUAAGGAAAAAGAGGUGAAGCUGAUGUACCUCCAGGUUAUGAUUUAUUUUAAUCAUUACUUUUGCAUGUUGGAGUGUUUGUUUCUGCCAGUCAAAGUGGGCAAAUUUGGAGAUGAACCUUUUAAAUGUUAUUUUGACGCAAGUGGACAAUCUAAUUUGAACUUGUGAAUGCUUGAAAAUAAUCCAGCAUUUACAGCACAGUCCCUGACGUUGCAUUUUUAAGUAAUAUCCAUGUCUGCUAGAAUAACUAGAGAAAUUAUUCCUAUGCUGAGAGAAAAAAAAAAAGUACACAUUUACUGUAUACUGCACCAUAUUUGUAUAGCAUGCCAUACUCUCAGAUCUAAUGUGAUGUGAUGGUUUCAUCGGGCGUUUCUAAGGGAUAAUGCAUUCCACUAGUCAGUUUUGGUUAAUUACAAUUAACCUUCCUGACCAUUAAUACAUAUAGAAAGAAUCCACAUAACUGAGAAUAAAGGACGUUGGGUUUUGCUCAUAUUCAGCCUCAAGUGUCUCAUGGUCAAUCUGAAGAUCAGCACUGUGGCAGGUUUUUUACCUAGGUUCAUGAAAGAAAAUGGAAAAGAUGCAAUCUUUUGACUUGGAUCGGAUGAUAGUAAUCAACCCUGAUUAAGUAAUGGAAAAUAUAAAAUUAAAUACUUGAAAUAAAAAUAAAUAUUUGUAGCGUUUGGGUGGAGAUUACCUUUCAUGGAUGUAGGCAAAAGGGUUGGUAUUUUCAAUUUGAACUUGAACUGUGUGCGUGUGCGCUUACAGACCAGUCAGAAGUUUGUAUACCCCUACUCAUUCGGAGGUUUUUUUUUUUUUUGUAUUUUAACUAUUUUCUACAUUGAACAAUACUGAAGACGUCAAAACUAUGAAAUAACAUACAGAAUUAUGUGCUUAAACUGUUAAAGAACCAAAUGUUUCAUAUUUUUAGAUUCUUCAAAAUGGCCACCGUUCACCUUGAUGCUUCUUAACCAGCUUCGUGAGGUAGUCACCUGGAAUGCUUUUUAAUUAACAGGUGUCCCUCGUCAAGUUAGUGUAAUUUAUUGCCACUUUAAUGUGUUUGAGCUCAAAUAACAAAAAUACAGUAAAUAGCCCUAUUCCGUCAAGAACCGCUCAACUAAGUAAAGAGAAACGACAUCCAUCAUUACUUUAAGACAUGAAGUGUCUUUUAGCUAAUAAAUUGUGUGGUGUGCGUGCGGGCAAGGAAUGAUGAUUGACUGGACUUGUUUAGUCUUGGUCAUUAACCAUGGGCUGCUAUACUCUGACCUGAGAAUUGUGAAUACCUGUGUAAUGUAAGAAUGUAAACAAUGUAUGUGUACAAAGGUUGUGAAUUAAAAUGAAAUUAAUUGACUCAA